AUGCGCGCAGGCAUCUAUGCUUUGCGGCCGCGAAUGGUGGUCUUCGGAGAGCUUGGCUUGGAUCAGUUAUUCUGGGGACCGCUGGCGGCUACAUCGACGGUUAACGCACAUGGGUGUCAGUCUGCAAUAAAGACGUUACCAAAAGCCUGGGAGGAACUCGACCAGGCUGUUGGACAUCAGCGCAGCCCCACGUUCGAAGAUGAGCCCAAGCUGCCUUAUGUCGACAGUCAAGGCAUUUGUAAAGGAGGUUCUCCGCUGGCGGGGUGGCUGUUCUUUUUCCCAAAGGUAUCUGGGUCCAAGGGAAUGUUUGGGCUAUCCACCACGAUGAACGCGAAUCCCGACCGAUUCAAACCGGAAAGAUAA